CCACCAUGAGUCUCCUCAAUAAACCCAAGAGUGAGAUGACCCCAGAGGAACUGCAGAAGCGGGAGGAGGAGGAAUUCAACACAGGCCCCCUCUCGGUGCUCACGCAGUCGGUCAAGAACAACACACAGGUGCUCAUUAACUGUCGCAACAUCCUUUGCAUUUUUAAACCCAUCUCUGGACAACUUACUGUACCUAAUUCCAUGCAAAUCCUAUGA